ACAAUGGGACUUGGACUCAACUGUGGCUUGUAACUGAAUAUUAUGAGCAGGGCUCUUUGUUUGACUACUUAAACAGCAACACUGUGACAGCUGAUGAAAUGAUUAAGCUGACAUUUUCAAUAGCCAGCGGUCUAGCACAUCUUCACAUGGAAAUCGUUGGAACCCAAGGAAAGCCGGCUAUUUCACACAGAGACUUGAAAUCUAAAAAUAUUCUAGUCAAAAGGAAUGAAACCUGUGCUAUUGCUGACUUGGGGCUAGCUGUGAAGCAUGACUCUGUAUUAAAUACAAUUGACAUACCACAGAAUCCUAGAGUAGGAACCAAGAGGUACAUGGCUCCAGAAAUACUUGAUGAUACAAUGAACAUAAAUAACUUUGAAUCUUUCAAGCGUGCAGAUAUCUACUCUCUUGGACUGGUGUAUUGGGAGAUAUCCAGAAGAUGCUCAGAUGGAGGAAUUGUAGAGGAGUACCAGUUACCUUAUUACGAAGCUGUGUCUUCUGAUCCUUCAAUAGAAGAAAUGAGAAAGGCUGUCUGUGAACAAAAGCUGAGGCCAAAUAUUCCAAAUCAGUGGCAAAGCUGUGAGGUAACAUCAUCACCUUCA